GCGAGGACGCAAUGUGUCUCGCUUUUGUUACCAGGAAGUGGGGCGAGUUAUUUAUAUUUCAACGCUCGUCCUCUGGCACCCCAAAGACCUGCGCAGGAAGUAACCUGAAACUUUAUAUUCAAAGAUUGAGCGUGACCGUGUGUGUGUGUGUUCCACAGCGAGGGAAAUAGAGUGAUGUGAAGAACGUCAAGUGUUUAAAUGAAGGUGUGGAAGACAUCAGCAUUGGCAGAGCGCUAUGAAGAUCCACAAGAAGAUUGUGAGUCAUUUCCUGUCCUGCACGUCUCCAGUGGACAAGGAAGGAUAUCUCUUCAAGAAGAAGACUAAGAAGGACACCUACCAGCGCCGUUGGUUGGUCCUGAAGGCCAACCUGCUCUUCUACCAGGAGCGACCCGCAGACCGCCACCUGCUGGGGGUCAUCGUGCUGGAGGGCUGUGCGGUGCGGCGCUCCGACGCAGACGGCCGCUGGUCCUUCUGCCUGCUCUUCCAGGGUCCCGGGAUGAAGAGCUACAGGUUUGCUGCGAGAGACGAGGACACUCUGGACGGUUGGGUGAGAGCCUUGCUGUCCGCCAGCCACUCUAAUCUGUCCCUCAUGCUCCGAGACCUGCACAGGCAGUACCAAGAAGCCAAAUGUGAUCAGAGUUCUGGUGGGUCACCUACAACGGCCCUAAACCAGAACUCAGCCCAGCUAAACCAGCGAUGGUGGCUGCCAUCAACAUCAGUGGAUGGAGGGAAGAGCGCCGUGAUCACAGGUGCAAGUAAAAAGUGUUUUGUGAGAAACUCGCCACACUCGCCAGCACCGCCGCACGCCGACUGGCCUUUGAUGGACUUCUGCAAACUGCACGACUACUUCGGCCAAGAGGUGAAGAAGGUUCAAGAAGAAUGGUUGAAGAGUCAGCAGGCGACUGCGGAGGACGACUGUAAAGGAGAUCUUAUCGAUGUGCCAUGAAAAAAAGGAAGUGAGAAUACGAGAAACUUGAUACUUUUUUAGUACUUUAGUGAAUUCAAAUGUGUAAAUUUAGGGGUGUCCAAACUUUUUCCACUUGAAAAUUAAAGAUUACGGGGUCAUUUUGGUAUUUUUAGUUUUCAAAACCAAUACAAUGUACAUAUAUAUUUUUAUACCCUCACUAAAAUCUCUAGAUCAACAUUUAUCAAUAUAAUUUUUUUAGUUUUUUUAUGUUUUAUGCCAUUUUUGUCAAGACCAAAUUUUUUAUGGCAAAAUCACGAUAUAUGCAGUAUUUUCCCCUGAAAAAAGUUCUAAAUACUUAAUGUGAAGUAAUUGCAGCUUGAAAUCGGUAAAUAAUUCAUAACGACAUUGAUUUUGAUUCAUCAAUUUUUGAGCAAUGACUAAAGGUUUUUUUAAGUCCCACUAAACUUCUUGAGGAUCCAAAAGAGCCACACUCAUAAAAGUGUUAAAAAUAAGUUGUCAUGAUCCACUAUUUGGAUCAUGGCAUGUUCUGGUUUUGUUCUGUUUUGUUAUCCCCCUGUUUAGUAUUUGACGUCCUUAGUUCCUGGUGGCACUUCUUGUUUUGUUUCUGUUGCCUAGUUACGCAUUUAGUGUAACCUGUCUCUAGAUUGUCGACGCGCACCUGCCUCCUAAUUUUCUGUCCCUAUUUAAGCCUGGCUUUGUUUGUGCUUCGCCCUCGCAGUGUAGUUUGCCAUCCCAUGCAACAGGUGAUGUCGCUAUUCCCGCAUUGUGGUAAGGACUUUUCGUAUUCGUUAGCUUCCACGUUAUUUUGUUUGCUGGUCCGUAGUUCACAUGCUAGUGCUUUUUGUUCCUUUUAGCUCCCAUGUUAGUUCUGUUUGUUUUGUCUUUAGUGCCUUGUGCAAGUGUUUUCUGUUCGUAGUCUGUUUUUGUAGUUAGAAAUAAGUCAUCAUUCUUACCUUCACGCUGUGUUACAUCCCGACUGCACCAACGAGAGAAUGCAAUCCACACCAUGAUGCCCACCAAGCGUCUCAUAAGUCAUACUUUUUUUUUUAACCUUCAACACUCUUACGUCUCUACAUUAACUUCAGAUCAAUCCAUCUAUUAUAAUUUUUCUUAAUUUUUUCAUGUUUUGGCGUAGCCUUUUUGUUAAAACAUUUUCAUAUAGCAAACUCAAAAAAUAUGCAAAAUAUUCCCCCCAAAAAUAUUUCAAAGUGGAAUAAUUAUUGUAAAGUAAUAGGAGCCUUGAAUAGGUCAAAUAUUGAUUUUUAAUAAUUAUUUUUCGAGCAAUGACAGUUUUAAAGAAAAAAAAAAACAGCGUGCAUGGCAGCUUUGUGUUAUUAAAGUCAACAUUGCAACUUUUUAUUCUUACAUUUCACCUGUUUGCUCUUUGAUUCCACUUUUUAUGUGUUUUUUGUAAUAAUAUUUUUGGAGUGUGCCGCAGGUCCUUAAAAAAUUAGCAGCAGGCCGCAAAUAGCCCACGGGCCACACUGUGUACAUACUCAUGAAAUAAAUCUGACUUAUUUAAAAAAUCUCAACAUUUUUAUUUAACAUUUCAAAACAAGCUGUGCUGUCUAGUAAUUGUCUAGUUUUUCUACACUUCUGUACUGUAUUAUACUGUAACUGUGUAUCUACUGCACUAUAUAGUAGACUUUGCACGCAGUGCCAAUUCCAAGAUGUUAGAUGGUAGUAGUGUAGUGUUUAUAUUUUACUGUAAGUAUUGUAGUUAUUACGCACUAGCUGUUUGGAUGUAGUUUUCAUUAACAAAUUUGGAGGUGUUGAAAUUGCCAUGUAAAAUUGCUGUGGAUGGGUCUUGUUUACAUUUGAACCGAUACAAUACCAUUUCUCGGUACCUGGGAAUCAAUACCGAUACUCGACAUUAUUGGUACUUGUGUGUUUAUAUAUAUAAAAAAAAAAUUGAUAAUAAAAUCUCAUUAUUUUAUUGUAACAUUUGAAAAUUAGCUGAUUAUGAUAACUGCCGUCCAGUUAUAUCUUGUUUUAUCAUCACAUUUCUGGGUAUCAUUUGCAUAAGUUGAAAUAACAGUUGCAGGUCCAAGACGUUAGAUGGCAGUAGUGUAUAGUUUAUGGUGUGUUGGCUAGUCAGUUCAGUAGUCUUUUGUUGCGCCCUAUGAAGUGUUUCGACUCAAUUAUUGUACUUUUUACGCACCAGCUGUUUGAUUGUAACGUGCAUCUUAGUUGUGGUUUUCAUUAACAACUUUAGAGGUGUUAAAAUUACCAUGUAAAUGUGCUAAUACUAAUCAGUAGCAUGUCAACAGCAAAGCCAAUGUAUAUUAGCAUCAAUCUAGCGCAUUUUCAGAAAAGUAAGUUCUAACUUUACUUUGUUGGAGCGUUUUUUGCCGUCCUGUUAUAACUUGUUUUAUCAUCACAUUUCUGGGUAUCAUUUGCAUAAGUUGAAAUAACAGUUGCAGGUCCAAGACGUUAGAUGGCAGUAGUGUAUAGUUUAUGGUGUGUUGGCUAGUCAGUUCAGUAGUCUUUUGUUGCGCCCUAUAAAGUGUUUCUACUCAAUUAUUGUACUUUUUACGCACCAGCUGUUUGACUGUAACGUGCAUCUUAGUUGUAGUUUUCAUUUACAACUUUGGAGGUGUUAAAAUUACCAUGUAAAUGGGCUAAUGCUAUCAGUAGCAUGUCAAUAGCAAAGCCAAUGUAUAUUAGCAUCAAGUUAGCGCAUUUUCAGAAAAGUAAGUUCUAACUUUACUUUGUUGGAGCGUUUUUUGAGUCGAUUUUUUUGUUGGCAUUGAAAAUUGCAGCAUUAGUAGUGGUAGUUUCGCCGUUUCCGCUCUCAGUGCUGCUGGAGUGAUCCCCAAUUCUCCAAGUGAGUUGGCAACUGGGUGUUACGUCACGCACAACCCAGGUAAUGUAACAGCACCGUUGGAUUUCACAUGAAUCGGUGCCCGGUAAGACCGGUGGGAUUCGGUACCCAUCUCUAAAAAAUGCCAAGGGUACCCGAUAGUUCUUUAUGGAAAAUUUGCAUUGCGCUAGAGCAAAGUGAAAUUUUUGAGUCUUCUUUUUUCGUUCUUAUUACCUAUAGACAAUUCGCUAUAAAUCGGUUGUUUGUGUGAGACUUGCUGGGCAUAGUGAUGCCGAAUUCGUUCUUCCAAGGAUGCGAUCGGGCAAGAACACAACGUACGGUAAGAAAUAAAGAUUUAUUAAACUAAUAAACAGACAAUGAACAGAAACACUGGCACAAGGGCACAAAAAGGCAAAACAAAAACUACUAGCAUGAGAGCUAGGGAUAAAUAAAGGCGUAGCGCGAAAGCUAGCGAGUAUAAACAUAUAUUAAAAGCAGUCGUCACUUGUUGCGUGUAAGGCAAAUUAGGAUCCGAGGCCGAAUGAACAAAAAGAGGUUGACUUAAGUAAAAACGGUGAUUAACAAAACAGGUGUGCCUCAACAGCGGGUAGCAGGUGGAACUCAUAAGAAACCAUGGUGACAGAGCAAACAGAAAAUAAGGAAGUCAAAUAACAGAAUGUGAUAUAAAAAGGAACAAAGCUACAAUAUGGUAUGAUCCGAGCAUUGGAUCAUAACAGUUUGCCCGUCGAGUGCUUGGACGGACGUACAGAAUCUGCAACCGGACAUGAUGUCACGUGCAACAAAGGUUGAUUUUACGAGACUCGGUACCUGGUAAUACCGACUGACUUUAGUACCAAUAAAAAAAACAAAUUAAGUAUCCAUCCCUAAUGUGCGUAAUAUUUCAGUUAGGCGCUAAUGUCCACAAGUUAACAAUUGAAACAUCGAGGACAGACGUGUCCAAACAUUUUUCCAGCGAGAGGUAAAUAAACACCCUUGCUUUAUGUUAUAGCUGACAAAGCAAAUUAGCAUGUUAAUAAUACAACUCAUUAAUCAUUAUAUUUUUACGACAAGCUAAAGAAUGAAAUUGCCCAACUUUGGACACUCUGUGUCUUGGAAGUCACUAAUAACACGUUUUAUCCGCUAAUAUGAUUAAACAAAACUGCAGCUGAUAUAAUAGUCAAGUUUUUCUUGUGUUUUUGCUGCAAAAAAAAGAGAACGAUUUAAAAAAAAACAAAAAAAACCUUCACUUAGUUUUACGACAAGCUAAAGAAUUAAAUUGAUCAACUUUGGAGACUGUGUCUUGGAGUCACUAAUAACAUGUUUUAACUGCUAAUAAUUGCAGGUGAUAUAAUAGUCAUGUUUUUCUUGUAUUUUGUUGCAAAAAAAGACAAAAAGAGAUAAAAAAAAAAAAUCUUAACCUUUUUUUUACGACAAGCUAAAGAAUGAAAUUGACCAACUUAGGACACUUUGUGUCUUGGAGGUCACUAAUAACAUGUUUUAUCUGCUAUUUUGACUUAAAAACAAGUGCAGCUGAUUUACUAGUACGUUUUUCUUGUGUUUUGAUGCGAAAAAAGAGAUAAAAACAACACAAAAAACCCCACUUUAUUUUCAACAAGCCAAAGAAUUAAAUCGCCCAACUUUGGACACUGUGUGUCUUGGAGGUCACUAAUAACACGUUUUAUCUGCUGAUUUGACUUAAAAACAAGUGCAGCUGAUAUAAUAGUCAUGUUUUUCUUGUAUUUUGUUGCGAGAAAAGACAAAAAUAGAUUAAAAAAAAUAAAUAAAAUAAUCGUAACUUUAUUUUACGACAAGCUAAAGAAUGAAAUUGACCAACUUAGGACACUUUGUGUCUUGGCGGUCACAAAUAACACAUUUUAUCUGCUAAUUUUGACUUAAAAAUAAGUUCAGCUGAUUUAAUAGUAUGUUUUUCUUGUAUUUUGCUGCAAAAAAAGAGAAAAAGAGAUUCAAAAAAACAAAAAAAACUUCACUAUAUUUUACGACAAGCCAAAGAAUGAAAUUGCCCAACUUUAGACACUCUGUGUCUUGGAGGUCACUAAUAACAUGUUUUUUCUGCUAAUUUGACCUAAAAACAAGUGCAACUAAUAUAAUAGUCAUGUCUUUCUUGUAUUUUGCUGAAAAACAAAAGAGAAUUUUUAAAAAAAAACAACAACCUUCACUUUAUUUUACAACAAGCUAAUGAAUUAAAUUGACCAACUUUGGACACUCUGUGUCUUGGAGGUCACUAAUAACAUGUUUUAACUGCUAAAUUGACUUAAACACAAGUGCAGCUGAUAUAAUAGUCAUGUUUUUCUUGUAUUCUGUUGCGAAAAAAGACAAAGAGAUUUAUAAAAAAAAAAAAAUUUUUAAAAAUUACUUUAUUUUACGACAGGCUAAACAACGAAAUUGACCAACUUAGAACACUUAGUGUCUUGGAGGUCAAAAAUAACACAUUUUAUCUGCUAAUUUGACUUAAAAAUAAGUUUAGCUGAUUUACUAGUAUGUUUUUCCUGUGUUUUGCUGCAAAAAAAGAGAAAAAGAGAUUUAAAAAAAAAAAAAAAAAAAAUUCACUUUAUUUUAGGACAAGCCAAAGAAUGAAAUUGCCCAACUUUAGACACUCUGUGUCUUGGAGGUCACUAAUAACACAUUUUAUCUGCUAAUUUGACUUAAAAACAA